AUGGAUGCCCUUCGAUCGGCGUUGUCUGCCGGCCUUUCAAUCGCGGUGCUUCUAGUUGCCGUGACGGCGGCCGUAGCCUAUUGCCUCGCUAUUGCGACCUAUCGUCUCUUCUUUCAUCCAAUAGCCCACUUCCCGGGUCCCAAACUUGCUGGUUUGACGAGAUGGUACGAGUUUUACUACGAAUUGAUCCAGAAGGGUCAAAUGACCUUUCACAUUCAAGACCUCCAUAAGAAGUACGGACCUAUUGUCCGCGUAACGCCAAAUGAAUUGCACAUUCAGGAUUCCGACUACUACGAGGAACUCUAUGUGAAAUCCGGAAAGCUGGAUAAGUACCCGCCGUUCGCGGCGAGGUUCGGCAGUGACGACACCUUCUUCAAUGCGACAUUGCAUGAAGACCAUCGUCGUCUCCGCAGCGCCGUGUCGCCUUACUUCUCCAAGCGGAAGAUCACAGACUUCCAGCCCGUGGUCAAGGCGAAAUUAAAGAAAUUGUGCGCCAAAAUCGAAGGCUACGCUAAGACUGGUAGCGUUCUCCCGCUUCACCGGGCAUGGACAGCGUAUGCCGGAGACAUUAUUACAGAAUUCUGCUUCGCAAAAUCCUAUGAUCACCUUGAGUCCCCUGACUUCAAGGAGACUUUUCAUGAACCGAUGCAUGCAGUCUGCCAAUCUUCCACCGUACUGAUGCAAUUUCCGUGGUUAUGGCCGAUUAUGAAUAGCUUACCAGAAUGGCUAGUGAUUCGCCUUGAGCCUACCAUGUAUAUGCAUAUCCAAGUACAACACGAUUUUGAACGUACAAUCACGGCGUUAAAAGACAAUUAUGAUGAAUCAUACAAGACCAUCGAUCACCCAACAUUAUUCCACGAGCUAUUGCAUAGCGAUCUCACAGAAGAGGAGAAAUCCGUAAAGCGCAUGGUGCAGGAAGCUCAAGUAAUUGUCUCAGCAGCUAUUCUGACUAGCUCUUGGGCAGCUGCGAUAGCCAGUUUCCACAUCACUAAUAAGCCCGAAAUCUUCAGAAAGCUACGAGCGGAGCUGGUAGAAGCCAUUCCAGACCCGUUGAGCAUGCUCGACUGGCAAAAUCUUGAGCACCUCCCUUAUUUGACAGGGUGUAUUAAAGAAGGGAUUCGACUUGCCUACGGCAUUUCAUCACGGUUGCCACGCACGGCUCGACAUGACUUGAAGUAUAAAGGCUGGUUAAUUCCCGCAGGCACUCCUGUUUCAUUGACAAUUGUUGAUAUGAAUCACGAUGAGCAAGUGUUUCCUCAAUCUCACGAGUUCAUACCGGAAAGAUGGCUGAACAAUCCUACCACAAAGGAUGGCCAGCCCUUGGAGCGAUACUUUGUUGGGUUCGGCAAGGGCGCGAGGCAAUGCAUUGGGUUAAAUCUUGCUCAAGCAGAAUUGUACAUGGGCCUUGCUACUAUUUUCAGGCGGUUUUCUUUCGAAUUGUACGAGACCGAUAUUUCUGAUACCGUCCUUGCACAUGACUAUUUUGCACCGACAGUGAAACUGGAUUCGCAAGGCAUCCGUGUCAAAGUGAAAUCGGUGGAAAGGUAG